GAUUUAGCUUCAUUCGUUACGCGGCAUUCUCAGCUGUAGCACCUGGCAUCCAGUCCAGUAACUCCCAAGCCCAAAAUAUAUAUAUAUAUAAUUACAUAUAUAUAGCUAGUGGCAAAUCGGGCGCUGAACGCGUACCCAAAUUUUGAUAUUGACGUGUGGCACAGCAGCAAAGGCAACAACAACACGUCAAAAUGGCUGUUGUCCCCUUCUUUUAUGUGCCAAAGCGCGUGAUUGUGGCCAUAAUGUUGUUCAUGAUGUGCCUCAUCAAUUAUAUGAUGCGCGUCAAUCUGUCCAUUAAUAUCAUUGCCAUGGUUACGGAUCGGGAUGAGAACGGAACACUCGUGGAGCAGCCAGAUUAUGGCGUGCGCUACGACUGGUCCCAGCAGGAUCAGGCCCUGCUGCUGGGUGGCUAUUUCUAUGGCUAUAUGAUCACCUCGUUACCGGGCGGCACUCUGGCCGAGAUGCUCGGUGGUCGCAAUGUGGCUGGAUAUAGUUGCCUGCUGGGCGCCUUACUAACCGCUCUGACACCUGCUGCCGCUGCCUGGGACAAAUACGCCGUCUUUGCCCUGCGCUUUCUUAUUGGCCUCGUGUCGGGUGUCGUCUAUCCGUGCUGUCACAAUUUGGUCUCAAAGUGGUCUCCGCCGGAUGAGAAGGGAAAGUUUGUGGCCUCGCUGAUGGGCGGCACAUUUGGUACGGUCAUCACGUGGCCACUGUGCGGCCUCAUCAUUGAAGGUAUUGGCUGGGCGUGGGCCUUCUAUAUAGUCGCUGCUUUUGUGGUAGUCGUUGUGGGCUUGUGGUUCUAUUUGGUGACCGAUACGCCUGCCCAGCACAGCUCCAUCAGUAUCAAGGAACGGGAGUAUAUUGAGAACAGUCUGGGCUCCACUCUAGGCAACAAGUCGAAAUGGCCUCCAUAUAGCCAGUUGAUCUUCUCGAUGCCGUUCUGGGCGUUGACCUUGCUGCAUUAUGGUAGCAUGUGGGGUCUCUUCUUCCUGAUUACAGCCACACCAAAAUUCUUAAGCGAAGUGCUUGGCUUCAAUCUCUCCUCAGCAGGCUUCCUGUCCAGCUUGCCACACAUUGCACGCCUAUUGGCUGCCUUUGGCUUUGGGUCCGUUGCGGAUUGGAUUCGACGCAAGGGCUGGUGGACGCUUACGUUCACUCGCAAGUUCUUCUGCAUUCCUUCUCACAUCUUGCCUGGCAUUAUGCUCAUCGUAUUGGCGUUCUGCGGUCGCGAUCCUUACGUGUGUGUGGCCAUAAUGACCAUUUCGCUGGGCUUCAACGGUGCUGCGACUUCCACCAAUUUGGCCAACUCUCAGGAUCUGGCGCCCAACUUUGCGGGCACCAUGUACGGCAUCAUCAAUUGCCUGGGCACCACACCGGGCAUCUUCUCGCCACUGAUUGUGGCCGCAUUUACCCAAAACAAGAACACCAUCGAUGAAUGGUUCUGGAUAUUUGUGAUUGGCGCCGCGGCCUACAUUUUACCUGCCAUAUUUUUCUGGGUUUUUGGCUCGGGAAAGAUACAAAAAUGGAAUGAGGUGCAAACCACCGAACCUAAGGAAGAUGUUGUCAAUACAAAGUUGUAGUUUGUGCCUUGGCAAUCUGCUGUGAUGUCGUAGUACUCUAUAUAUAGCCAUAUAAUUAUGUCGUAUGUACAUUUGUGUAUAUAAGCUAAUUGUACCUGUAAAGGGUGCACCAAUAGCAAGUCCUAUUAAACUUAAUGCUGGUAUUUAUUAUUU